AUGGUAUUCUGCUUGUUUUUUACUUCUUUUUUGUUGCAGACUGAAGGGGAUAUCUGCUUUGGCUGUGGCGACGUAAUAGCAGAUAGGUAUCUGUUGCGCGUGAGCGGGAGAUCGUGGCACGUGCAGUGUCUCAGAUGUUGUGUGUGUCAAACACAGCUGGAGAGACAAUCGACGUGUUUUAUCAAAGAGGAUAACAUCUACUGCCGAGUUGAUUACACAAGAGAGUUCGGCGCCAAGUGUGCAAAAUGUCUGCGUCAUAUACAGCCCAAUGACUGGGUACGAAGAGCUCGUUCACAUGUCUAUCACCUGGCAUGUUUUGCCUGUGACAGCUGUAAACGUCAACUGUCUACGGGAGAGGAAUUCGCCCUCCAGGACAACCGAGUCCUCUGUAAGACACAUUACGUGGAGAUGCUGGAAGGAGGUCCGUCUAAAGAUUCAGACAGCAGCCAAAAAACAAAGACGAAGCGAGUGCGGACCACAUUCACCGAACAGGUCCAAGUCCUUCAGGCCAAUUUCCAACUGGACAGCAACCCUGAUGGUCAAGAUCUCGAGAGAAUCGCACAAAUCACAGGACUCAGUAAACGUGUGACGCAAGUGUGGUUUCAAAAUUCCAGAGCGAGGCAGAAGAAGUAUCAACAGCAACAACAGAAGGGAGAUAACUCUUCCGGAAGUAUCAGUCCACGUGACACGCUGACGAUCAUAACGGGCCAGCAUAGUCCACAAUGGUCCAGCGGCGAAGAGUGUGGAUCCAGCAGCGGUCUUUCCUUCAUGGAGUGA